GCUUUUCUUCAUUUUUCAAUUAUUUUCAUUCUUUUUUCCUUUCUUUUUUUUUUCGCUCACUGUUUGUUUUCAUUUUUUCUCUCUUGCUUUUUGUUUUUUCAUUUUCUCCCUAAAUUCAUAUUGAGACCCAAUAUUAAAAUAAACAAACAAAACAACAAAACAAAAACAAACUGGGUUGCAUUUGGGGCCGGCCGGGCCCUAAUAAAGCACUGCCGGGCUCCAAUGGAGCCGCCCAGGUCAUGAUAGCAACAGGGGCAAUUUUGGAAAAACCAUAACCCGUGUUUUAAGCACAUCCCAACCUUCACUUCACACACACACAAGGUCGAAAAUCCCUCCCCCUCUCUCUCUAGGUUUCCUCUCCUCUCGCAAAACCCAUCAACCCAUAAAUUUUUUUCCUUAAACUCCUUUCAAUCCUCUACCUUUUGAACCAAACGAAACUUGAUCUGGUUAAGGUUUUUGAUUUGCCCUUGGUUUUCCUUGAUUCUCAAACCUUUACCCACAUUUUUCCUUCCUCCUCUUUUGAUUUUUCCUUUCUCUUUUUUCUCUCUCCUAGGGUUUUGGUCUUAGGUGCGGAUAUUGAGGCUGAGGGCGUUCAUGAGCCUAUAUUUCCUCCUUUUGUUGAUAGGCCAUUCGAUGAAGCCACUUACCAGCCAUGUACACACACUCUGACCCCAAGUGGUAUCUUAAGAUUCGAGGGCCUCAUCCCAAGGAUAGAUGAGGACAUUUUGCUGCAAGAGCCCGCGGAGCACUUGUCCGCCGACGCUUCCACAGUGAUAGCCAGGAGGAUUGGCAGUUACGGGUCCAUAUCCGACCCUGGACACUGGUAUAAGAGGCUUCCUGUGCAGGUCCGCACAUAGGUCGAUGCUACCGGCUUUGGGCCCUUCUGUUCAAGGCUCAUACAGAUGAGGGCUGAGCAACUGCUCUACGGAGCCUUGAUAGAAAGUGGUGGGACACCACUGACUUGUUCCAUUUCUCGUUGAUUGGGGAGUUGACCUUGACUCCAUAUGAUUUCUCGAUGCUCACUGGCCUGUGGGUAGGGGUUGGCAGCCCAAUCUCAUUUGAUUUUGAUAUGACGCAGUGGAGAGCCACCCAGUGCCAGCUCCUCAGGGCAAUCCCAGACACCACCAGCUACAGGAUAGUGAGGUACAAUUGGUUCUUUGAUCACUUCUCCACCUUUCAGCUAGCCACUUUAGAUGAGGUCACCCGAUACACCCACGGCUUUCUUAUGUAUCUCCUCGGUACUACCCUGUUUGCGAAGAGGUAAAAUACCGUGGGGCUAUAUCUCGUGGGAGCAUUGGUACAUCUACCACAAGUGGUAGAGUAUGACUGGGGUGGUGCCGGCUUGGUUACCCUGUACUGCUAUAUGCGCUCUGUAUCUCGUCGAAAGGCGAAUUCACUUGGCGGCUACUGGAGGGUUUGGGAGCUAUGGGUUUACACAUAUUUCAUCUCUCUUGCUCUAGUCCCAGUACGACCUCUUCAGUUGUCAAUACCCCACUCCCGGUACUACAACUCUCGAUUCGAGCGGUGCCGCCGUGUGGACCGAGACUUCCCUUACCUUUUCCGUUUCUUUGACCCCAUCACCGCAAAUCAGGUUGACUGGCACCCCUGGGUGGGCAUCCCUCAGACAGCGAGGAUGACCUACGUUGCUGCAUGGCAUGCCUCCACCAUACGGAUUCUGUUUGAGGGUCCUUUUGGCAGGGCAUAUUACUUGGGGGAGAGGUUUAUUCGUCAGACACGAGGUGUAGCUGAUCCCGACAUCCUACAUCCUCCUCCUCAAGGCAUGCAGGUAGUUGAUGACCUCCAUGACAGACCCCAGAUCGACUUCCUGAUGCUAGGGUGUGGCUAACCUUUUUCACACCCUUUUUCGGAAGGUUUGAAAGAGGGCCCUCACAGUUCGGACUCCCGUGGUUUUGAAUCUAAUCUCACAAGUGCAAUGUGAAACUGAUAAACACCAAAGAGUCCAAA